CAUCCUUCUCAGAUCUCAGCGAUUCUUAUAUUAUCUCACACCCCUCUCGUAGCAUUCACAAGUUUAUUAUCUCCCAAAGCUCCAAUCUUUUUCUCUUCCCCAUCACCAAUCUCACACCAUGACGAAGGAGAUUUCACAGAAGGACAUGCCCAUCAACGUCGGCCUCAUGGGCACCGGCGAGUACACCACCGGUAUUACGCCAUCAGGCCAGUCCAAAUCCGACAAGAAGAUCGGCGUGGUAGGCAUCACGAUGUUCGACCUCCGACGCCGCGGCAAGGUUGGAGACGUCGUUAUGGCUGGCACCAACGGCGGCAAGUUCCCCGAGAUCCGCGAGCACUUCCAGAAAAACAUCGGGGACGUGUACAACGGCCUCGACCUCACCUUCCGCGGCUUCCCCGAGGGUAACGUCCGCAACGCCGAGGCAUACAAGGAUGCGCUGCGGGCGCUGCCCAAGGGCUCGGCCGUCAUUAUCUUCACCCCCGACUCGACCCACUUCCCUAUCGCCAGCGAGGCGCUCAACCUCGGCCACCACGUUAUGGUCACCAAGCCCGCGACGCAGAAGCUCGAGGACCACCAGAAGCUGAUCGAGCUCGCCGAGGAGAAGGGCCUCGUGUGCUUCGUGGAGCACCACAAGCGCUUUGACCCGGCGUACAACGACGCCCGCGCUCGCGCCCAGAAGCUUGGCGACUUCAACUUCUACAACUCGUACAUGUCGCAGCCCAAGCUUCAGCUGGAAACAUUCAAGAGCUGGGCCGGCAUCGACAGCGACAUCUCGUACUACCUGAACUCGCACCACAUCGACAUUCACUGCUGGAUGGUUGAGGGCCGCUACCGCCCGACAAAGGUGACGGCGAGCGCGACCAAGGGCAUCGCGACGGACAUGGGCUGCGACCCGCGCACCGAGGACACGAUCACGCUCCUCGUCGACUGGGUCAACAUCGCGGACGAGAGCAAGCGGGGCACGGCCGUGUACACGGCGUCGUGGGCCGCGCCGCUCAACGCCGGUGUGCACUCGGAGCAGCGCUUCCACUACAUGGCAAGCAAGGGCGAGGUGCGCGUCGACCAAGCGCACCGCGGGUACAACAUCGUCGAGGACGACGUCGGCAAGAUCGACUACAACCCCUUCUAUGUCAAGUACUCGCCGGACGAGAAUGGCUUCUUCGACGGCCAGCGCGGGUACGGGUACCUGUCGCUGGAGAAGUUUAUUGAUGCCGCGCGCGCGGUCAAUGCUGGCGAGAAGAAGGCUGCAGACUUUGACGGCAAGGGCUUGCCGACUAUCAAGGCGACGGUGCUUACCACCGCCAUCCUCAACGCCGGCCGCAUCUCGCUCGACGAGCAGCGCAGUGUUGAGAUUAGCGAGAGCGGAGGCAAGUGGAAGCUCAACUAGAGAGUUGCAUGUAGAACAGGACGGUUGUAGGAUAUGGAACGGGUGUUUGGCA